AAUGGGUUACGAUAAUCUUCAUUUCUGGGCUGAGAGAUGUCAUUCAGGAAGGGAAAGAAGAACAGAACUAUUUUUACAUUUUGAUAGAAAUAAAAAGAAAGUGUUUCUAUUUAAACACAUUCGCCCACAACAUAAAACACCAACAGAAUUUUGUAUGAAAUGUUACAAAUCAAAUAAGCCACAUGUAUUUGGAAUUAUUAAAAAGAUAAGAGCAAAAAUUAUGGAUUUCGAUCAUCAUUCGCACUAUUAUUCAAAUAUCUAUGUCAGACACAAAAAUAAAACGUACAGAUUUGAGAGAGUUAAGAGAAAGUACAAAAAAGACGUUUGUUUUGAAUCUCUCUUUCAGAUUUAUAUAAAUAGACGCCAUAUAAAAUUUGAAUGGGACAAAUCGUAUAAAGUGAAAAAAAGGUCGAAUGGAAAAUUUAAAUAUACUGCAGAUGAUGAUGAUGAGGGUGAUGACGUCAGUUGUCAUAAUAUGUACUUCAGAGCAGACAUCUUCAGGCAAUCGCCAAUUUUUCCUCCUCCUUCGCAUUAUCAAUACGAAACACCGGAAGGUGUUGUUAACAUUCCUCUGAUAUAUACAGAAAGCUACGGAACCGUUCCUAUGUUGCUCAACUUUGAAUAUAUCGCUUUGGGAACAUUUCCAGUUGAUUUAUGCGAAAAGGCCAAUAGAACCUACUAUCCAGGAUUGAAAAAGUUUGUUGUUAAACCCUUUGAAAAGGAGUAUUGGAAAUGCCGUCCUUUGUUUAAUUAUCAUUUAGUUGACAAAAAAAAACCAGUUAUUUACCGCUGCGACUACAGCAAAAUGAGACUGGUAGAAUGUUUUAUUGUUGCUGUAGAGACUUUAAGAGUUAGUGGAGAAUUUGUGUGCGAAGACAGAAAAGGUCAUCACUUUCAAGGUAUUUUUUUAUUUUUAUAGUCAUUCCUACAGAAUUUCUAUUAAGACUAUGCGUGUCUGUAGACGGGGAUCUAGCUCUAUUCAACGGUGAAAAUAUGUACUACGCUCCGCCCCACAGUCAUCUAAAUGGGAACAACUACCUAGAGUUUGUAGGAAAUGCUCAUAUAUUCUCAAAUAAUGUUUGGUAUCAAAUUUGCCCCAAUUAUUUUAAUCAUAAAAAUACGAAAUUCAUAUGCCAAAGACUAGGAUUUAAUUCGGGUGUUGGGGUUAAAGGUCAAAGGAGUAUCUCGGAAAAGAUAUCGUUUACGGAAACGACGAGUGCCUGUAAGAAUGCGAAUGAAACGCAGUUGCCUAUUUGCCUUGAAACGUGUCCUUCUAUUCGGUACAAUCUGGAAAUUCCUCAGGCUAUUGCCUAUUAUAAUAGUCUAAAGUAUGAUGGAUUAAUAUGAAAAUGACCUUGUAUGUUGUGAUUAAAUAGCAGAAAAUAGUAGAUUUUUGUUGACAUUGACAUAAAAAGAGAUUAAAUUAGUACUUUUGCUUUCCUCUCUUUGCCUUUCCCUCUCUCUCUCUCUCUCUCUCUCUCUCUCUUUCAAUAGAUGUUUUCUUACAAGUAGAGCUGGACUUUUCAUUCAAAGAGUAUACAGCUACAUCUCCUUCAAACUAGACAAUAGAUUAUUUAGGUGUUAGGGUUAGGGUUAGAAAGGUCCAACUCUGUUUAGAGAAUAUAAAAUACCAUUAAUCCAUAUUGUUUACAGACCAGGCAUGUAUCAU